UUAGCGUCAUUGCAGCUCGAACGAUAUGUACAUAUGCACUUGUCACUUCGAAAGUUGUGACGUCGAGGCAUGGCGCCCAAUGGCCGAAAACGCCCCACUAAAAUUAAUUUUGGGACUUCACCCCCGCGGUCAACCUGACGCGGUAACCAAAACCUUCACGACACUAAAAUGCCGCCUUACGAAAGUGAAUCGUCUGAUGAAGGCGAGGACUACACCGAAACAAAUGUUCUUCUGGGCUAUGCCACCAAGGACGCCACGGGAGAUGCCAUUUCGCACAUUGGCGGCGCACCGAGCUGGAUAGACGACAAGACGGCUCCCUCUGGCGCCCUCGCCAAGUGCAAAGUGUGCAACGGCCUCCUCAGCCUCUUGCUCGAGCUGAACGGCGAUCUUCCCGACCACUUCCCCGGCCAUGAGCGACGACUGUAUAUCUGGAGCUGUCGGCGGAAGGCUUGCAGGAGGAAAGAAGGCAGCGUGAGGGGCAUUCGAGGGGUGCGCGUUGCAAAGGGCGCAUCGGCCAAGUCGCACGCGAAGCCUGAGAAGAAGGAGAUCAUUCAGGAAGAGAAGCCGCAGCCCAAGAUCGGGGAGUCGCUGUUCGGCGUGAAGACCAGCGCAAACUCGACUGCGCCCGCGAACCCCUUCUCGAACCCCUUCUCUGCGAAUACUGGCAGCGCGCCUGCAAACCCCUUCGCUUCCUCUGCCGGCGCAAACCCUUUCGGCGCAGCUCCUGCGGCCGCACCUGCAAUCGAAGUCACGCCUGAAGAGAAGAAAGACGAAGCCUCGACCACCCUCCCCGAGACCUUCGCGCAAAAGGCACGCAUCUCCGGCGCGCCUUUCCCUCAGCCUGCCCUCCCCCAAGAGCCCUGGCCCGCUGAAUCCGCUUUCCCAGCCCCCUUCCCCUACUACUCCCUCGACGCCGAAUACGAAACCCUCGACACCGCCGCCCCCGCCGUCCCGCAGAACGUGCGCAUGCUCGACCUCGACAGCGAAGCGGGCCCCAGCAGCGGCAAGGAAGACAAGGAAAUCUACGAGUCGGCACACGACGCCACGUUCCAGCGCUUCGCGGACCGCGUCGGCCAGAACCCGGAGCAGAUCCUGCGCUACGAGUUCCAGGGCCGCCCGCUGCUGUACAGCGACGCCGACGCCGUGGGCAAGGCGCUGGCGCACAGUGCCGAGGGCGCGGCCGCGAAGGUGCAGGCCGGCCGGGGGAUGCCGCGCUGUGCGAACUGCGGCGCGGAGCGUGUGUUUGAGGUCCAGCUGACGCCGCACGCGAUCACGGAGCUGGAGGCGGAGGAGAUGGGGGUUGAUGGGAUGGAGUGGGGGACGGUGGUUCUGGGCGUGUGCAGUCGGGACUGCGCGCCGAGUGGUGUUGAGGAGGGCGGCGUGGGGUAUGUGGAGGAGUGGGCUGGGGUGCAGUGGGAGGAGGUUGCGAAGAAGUAGACGAAUGAACCACUUUGACUGACCGUUUUGACGGACUGCCUUGACGAACUG